ACGGAUCUAUGGGUCGCCACGAAGCCAGUCAAAAGCCAGGUGCAAAGGCUCUAGUCGCGCGCGUGCGAGAGAGACGUUAAUUACGAUCGAUUGAACGGCGUGCCAUUUUUUUUUUUUAAUUUUUUUUUAAGUCACCCCCCUUAAAGAAGAAUUCAAAUAGUGCCGUCCGUUUUAUCGCAACGUGAUUCUGUGCAAGAUUUUCCCAAAGCACGUGAAAAUUAUUCACUCAGGUUAAUUGAAAAGAAAAAAAAAAACCGCCCCUCCCCCUCUCCUCUCCAUUGACAAAAUUCGCGAAGGGAUUACCUUCGAGCUUUUUCCCUCGACGAGAGAAGACGAUCGAUUCGAAAGGAGGAAAAUAAUACGAUCGAUCAUCGAAGAUCGACAGAUUUUCGUCAAUUUUUUUAUCCAUCGAUAAAUUUAGGGGUUGUUUUCACAUUACCCGGUGAUUGUAAUCAAACGUCGUGGAUAGUCAUCGCACAGAGCACGCGCAAAAUCGAAGUUUUUUUUUUUUUUUUUUCUCUCUCGAGUAAAAAUAAAAGAGAAAAACGAACAAAAAAAUAAAUAAAUAAUAAAACAAUCGUCCAGUGAUCGGGUAUAAUAUUUUUGUUUAUAGUACAAGCGCGAAUGUAUUUUUAAACACGGAGUGUCGAACGGAAGAAAAGUACGCACGCACACCUUGGAAUAUCGUACCCGACUUUAUCGGACGUGCACCUGCAGAAAAACAAGUGACUGCCGCGAUUAAUCGGUUGAAAGAUUGAGAGAGAGAAAAGAAGAAUUGAAAUUGCCAACAACUCCAACCGUUAAUUGUGUAAAGUGAAUUUGUACCUCCGUACAAGACCGUACAAUUCGAGUAUACAAUUUGUAUAUAUCUUUGUGGGGUACAUAGCACUGAUUAAUUUUCUCAAUUGAAUUAACAACUGAAAAAGGAGAUCAGAACAAACGAGACGACUUUCGAUCUUGAAAAGGAAAUAGAAAUGUCGCAGAUCCAUAUCAAAGUUGAAGAGGCUCGGAACGUCGAUUCCGAAGAACACGCUGCAGAUAAUGUUGGUGAGAUCGCGGUUAACCCAUCUUGGCAUAUACCGAGGCCUUCUCUAGUCGGUCGUAGCGAGAGAGGAAGUGAAAACGGAAGUUGGGGACACCUUCACACCGCAACGUCAAAUAGCUCGUCUUCGAGAGGCUCCACAUCGUCGCAAGGCUCAACGUCAAGCACACACAGCGCAGCUUCAGGUACCCUGUUAUUGACAGCAGCAAAUUUGGCAACCCUAGCAGCUCUACAUCCGCCGACAGUAACAUCGCCAAAACCAUUCGACACAGCGUCGGUAGCGAGCAGCACACAUUUUACUGUAGUAAAUGGUCUCGGCAGACCCACCAAGGUUUACAAAAAAUCUUGGUGCGCAAGGAACCAACUCACCGUACUAAUUUGCACAAUGAGCUUUUUAUUCAUGGUUGGGUUACUCGCUGGCAUUCUUUAUAUGGAAAUGAGAGCUCGUGACAGGUACAAUUAAAAAUGGAAAAGUGGAAGCAUAGCAUACCCGGAUGAGAAAAACGAAAAAUGGAUCUUAAUAUAUUAAUACGGUGUUUGAAAUAAAAUCGAUGAACGGCAUAAUUCAGGAAAGCGAAAGUUUGCCACGAGAAGAACGAAGAUCACAUCGGUGUCGAAGACGAACGAAUUUCCAUAUUCAAUAUUAUUUGUAGAAUAGAAGUUCAAUAAUGUAUAGUAUAUUAUCAUCUAUGGUAUAAUUUUAAGGCUGUAUUGCACUGUGUUAAUUGUGUGGUACGUGAAAUUAGUAAUUACAUUUAUGUAAUGAGCGCGCUGUGUGCUGUAACUUAAUGAGGUCUUUUAGAUUUGUAAUAAUUUAUGAAAUGAAAAAAAAAUACAAGGAUAAUAAUAUCACUCAACCGAGAAAUCUGAAUGCUGUGAGCAAACGAAAAAUGAACGAAUAUAUGUAUUGAAUUUAAUGAUCGAUAAUAACAAAUUAAUUUAUUAAUUUAAAGAGGAAAAUUUUGCGGCGAAUCUAGUGUCGAUUUGCGGAAUAGUUUAACAAAUUUUCAAACUAUUCCAGUCUACUGCUUUCAACAAUUACAUGAUUUUUUUUUUUUUGCAACGAAAUUUUGAGCUGGAAAAGCAAAUAAAAUGUGGAAAGCAAAAAAAUCCAACAAAAAAAAACCUAUAUUAUGCAGCUUGAAGUUAUCUUUAUUAAUUAAGGUCCUUUAAUUAGAUAUGUAAUUUAGUGUUAAUAAUUUAAUUGUUACUAACUUACAAAGUCUAAAUCAAACGUGGAGCCCUCUUAAAGCAAUGUUAGAGGCAGUGUGAGCAAAAAUGGAAUUGUAUUGAUCGAUUAUUGAUGAAGGGUGGUUGCAUGAUCAUUCUUUGUAUCUGUGAUAUUACUUGUGUAUUAAUUAAUCAUCGAUUGAACAAGAAACUUUCGAAUUAUUA